CUUAGGCUUACUCGAUCCACCUGAGUGCCGCACGGGGCCUCGCCGAUUAGCCCUGUGACAGUUGUGAACUCCGGUCAGAGUUCCCGGGCGCAUUUCGAAUAUAUGCGUAGUACGCACCUAGCGCAUCUUAAUCUUGAAGAUGGCAGAACUGAGUCUGAAAGAGGUAAGUAUAGCGUUAGUGAGUGAAUUAUUGAAACAGAACUCGCACACGCCAGAGAGGUGAUUUUUGGAGGAGUCAAAUUCUCUAACAAAAGCAAAGCAACUGAGCUCAGAUGGGAAAAACCUGGUUUCUCUCAUGGAAUUUGACGGGAAUAUUCUUUGGAUCCAACGAAUUUUGGCGGGAGAACGUUCACGUCGGAUGGGCCACGAUCUUCGUCCUGCUCUUUAUCUUCAUCUGGCAAUUGUACAGAUCAUUAGCCAGCAGACGUUUCAGAUUCUUUUCAUCUACAAGAACUGCCAAAGCAACUGUUUCCCGUCCUGGAAAUCCCCAAAUCAAGGGUUUGCAGAUUAUAUCUAAUGAAGACUUAAGAAAUUUAAUAACUGCUUUGGAUGGGAAAGUGGAUGAGAAGGAGAAAUGGGAUGAGGUCAUAAAUAAAAGAAAUAAUCUCGUAUCAUACAAUGCAAAAUGCUGCAAGCCAAAGGAUGGUCCUCUGAAGUAUCUGAGUGUAACAAUAUUUGAGAACUGCUCCACCGAACUGUUGAGAGAUUUUUACAUGGACAACGAGUACAGAAAACAGUGGGACAAGAUGUUGAUAGAGCAUAUGCAAUUGCAGAUUGAUAAAUCUAAUGGAACAGAAAUUGGCAGCUCAAUCAAAAAGUUCCCACUCCUCACACCAAGAGAGUACAUUUUGGCUUGGCGAGUGUGGGAAGGGAAAGACAAGACAUACUACUGUUUUAUCAAGGAAUGUGAACAUGUGUUGGCACCACUAAGGAAGAACUAUGUUCGUGUUCGCUUCUUCAGAUCGGGGUGGCGAAUCAGGAAAGUACCUGGUAGAAAUGUUUGUGAGAUAAAAAUGGUUCACCAAGAAGAUGCUGGGUUGAAUGUAGAAAUGGCAAAACUUGCCUUCGCCAAGGGCAUAUGGAGUUAUGUUUGUAAGAUGGAUAGUGCUCUGCGCAAAUACUCUACAAGAAGCUGUGUUCUUCCAAAAUCAGCUAUGACUGCAGUCACUCUUAUCCAGAAGGUCCCACCUGAAUUAGAAGCAAUGCGAGAAAGCUCCAUUUCUAGUUCCAGCAGCAGGCAGGUCAGUGGCAAUGUUAGAGAGAGGAAACUGUCUAGAAUGCCAUCAAAGAAAUUGAUUGCCAAUGGUUUACUUUUGCUUGGGGGUGCCAUAUUCUUAUCUCGCAGUCACUCAACAAUUGGUGCAAAACUUGCCGUUGUGUGCUUCUUGAAGAAGCUGACUAAACAUAAAGCUUCAUCAAGCGAAGUUGGACAAGGCCAGGCCAUGCAUGACUCAUUACACCAUAACUGAUUCUGGGUGCUUCAGUGUAUCUGACUACAGGUUAUCAGUUACUGCAGUUUGUACUAUGUAGCAUGUCUAAUUCCUUUAUUUUUUUUUCUGUAUAUAUCUAUGAAACUUUGUACUAUUUAACCAAAAUGGUAAAUGUUGCCAGAUAGAUUCUCUACUACACAAUAAUCAUGAAUUUAGCCAUUUAGGCA